AUGAGCGCGUUUCAUUGGAAAUUAUUGAAAGAGAGAACUUUCCAUCCAACAGAAACUUUGAAAAAGACUGUUUUUACUGUGAUUAUGGUGAAUGAUGUUUAUGAAAUGCUUCCAGAUGACAAUGGAGUUGGUGGAUUGGCUGAAUUGCAAACCAUUAUUGAAACUGAAAAGUACAAGGCCAGAAAUUGUAUUGCUACUUUGAAUGGUGAUUUUAUGAGCGCAUCGACAUUGGCCACUCAAUACAAGGGAUAUCACAUGAUUGAUAUUUUGAAUCAUGUUGACAUUGACUAUGUCACAUUAGGUAAUCACGAGUUUGAUUUUGGUACUCCAAAUGUCAUUCAAAGAAUUAAGGAAAGUAGAUUCAAAUGGGUUUGCGCCAAUGUUGUGCAACCAGAGGACAACACCAAGGUUUUAACAGGUUUGGUUCGUAAGGUUGUUCACGAGUGUGAUGGCUUCAAAAUUGGUAUCUUUGGUGUUUGUACCAAGACCACUGAGGUGUUGUCAAAACCGGGCAAGGAGGCUGUCUUUCUUCCAAGUGUUGUGGUUGCAAAAGAAUUAGUGAAGGAACUUCGUGAACAAGAUGGUUGCGAUGUUGUCAUUGCCAUGACUCAUUUGACCAUUGCUGAUGACAGAGAAUUGGCUAGAUGUUGUCCAGGAAUUAAUCUCAUCAUUGGAGGACACGACCAUUCUGUUCACACUCAAAUGCAAGGUGAUUGUUUCAUUCACAAGGCAGGUCAUGACGCUCAAUAUGUUUCAAGAUUGGAUAUUUCAAUUGAGAAAAAGCAAACAAUUAUCAAUGGAGAGAAGUUUCAACAGGUGAAAGUCUUCCCUAGCUGCAAUAUGAUUGUAAAUCGUGGUUUUAAACCAAAUCCUAAAGUAUCAGAAGUUAUUCAACAUUAUAUGAAUCAACUUCCAGAAGGAAUUACUGAACAAAUUGGUAUUACAACAACAAAAUUGGACUCCUCAACUGAAAGUGUCAGAUCUAAGGAAACAACAUUUGCAAACUUUGUUGCUGAUAUUUUCAAAGACACAUUUAAUGCUGAAAUUGCUAUUAUCAAUGGUGGAGGAAUCAGAGGGGAUCGUUUCUACGACGACAAUAAGAGAAUUACGAGACUCGACAUGCUCAAAGAAUUUCCCUUUCAGAACUUUCUCACUCUUUCAGAAAUUAAAGGAAGUGACCUUUUGGAAUUGGUCGAACAGGGUGUCGCCAAAGCAGAGAAUUGCAUUGGAGCGUUCCUUCACUUCUCUCAAGGAGUUUCCAUCCAAUACGACAGCACUAAACCUCCCAUGAGUCGAGUUGUGAAAAUGACACUCAAUGAUGACUAUCUUGAUCCUGAGAGAAUGUAUUCAUUGGCCUCUGUGACUUACUUGUUGCAAGGAGGUGAUGGUUUGUCAGCAGCUAAAAAGGCAGUCAUUAAGCAACAUCCCAACAAUAACAAGUCUGUCUAUGAUGCUGUAUGUGAAUGGAUUGAAUUGAACCGAAAAAUUGGAGGUAAAAAAGAGGGAAGAAUUUUUGACAUUUCGAAGAGAAAUGCACCCAUGAGCUUGAACUUUUAA